GGCGAAAGUAUGCCGCGUAUAUAAGGCGACGAACCAACGGCAAUCAGCAUCCAGUUCACUUCUGGACGCACCUGGAAUAUCUCGAGAGCAAAAAUGAGAGUCCUGGUCUACGCAACGACGAUAGCUCUGCUGAUUUCAUCGGCGCGGGCCGACGAGGAGAAGGCGGCUGAGAAAGCGGAGGCCGGCGUGGAGGACAAAUCGACGAAGAAACAAGAGAAACGCGGCCUGUUGGGUCUCGGUUACGGGUACAGUUACGACGGUGGCUACGAUAUCGGAAUCGGCGGCCACGGCGGUGGCCUGGAAUUGGGAGACGGUGGCUACGGCGGUGGUUACGGCCUGGACGGUGGACACGAGCACGUCAAGACGUUGACAGUGGUGAAGAACGUGGCCGUCCCAUACCCGGUCGAGAAGCCCGUGCCCUAUCCCGUGGAGAAACACGUGCCUUACCCCGUCAAGGUUCCCGUACCUCAACCGUACCCCGUGGAGAAGCCCUACCCGGUCAAGGUUCUCGUCAAGGUUCCCGUACACGUGCCUCAACCGUACCCCGUGGAGAAAAAGGUCCCGUACCCGGUCCACGUGCCCGUCGACCGCCCGUACCCCGUCAAAGUUUUGGUACCGCAACCGUACCCGGUGGAGAAGCACGUGCCUUACCCCGUCAAGGUACCGGUCCCGCAACCGUACCCGGUCGAGAAACCAGUCCCGGUCCCGGUCAAAGUCCCGGUCCACGUGCCAGCUCCGUAUCCGGUGGAGAAAUUAGUCCCGGUCAAGGUUCCCGUCGAUCGGCCGAUUCACAUACCCGUGCCCAAACCUUACCCUGUGCACAUAGAGAAGCCGGUACCCUAUCCGGUGGAGAAGCCAGUGCCGGUCGCUGUCAAAGUGCCGGUCGACAGACCGUACCCGGUCCCGGUGGAGAAGCCGGUCGCUGUCCCGGUCAAGGUGCCGAUCCCGCAGCCGUAUCCGGUCGAGAAGCCUGUACCUUACCCGGUCGAGAAGCCCGUUCCCUACGAAGUUAAGGUCCCUGUCGACAGACCGUACCCGGUCCAUAUCGAGAAACCGGUCCCUUACCCGGUCGAGAAGCCUGUUCCGGUCCCGGUCAAGGUGCCUGUGGCGGUUCCGGUGCAUCACGAGCACGGUUACAGCGGCGACUGGGCGGGUGGCCACGGUUAUCAUUAAGUCGGGAUCGGUAAGGUUGGAAUCAUUGUCGGUCGAAUCGGGCGACAUCGGGCAAAUCGACGAACAGUUUUAGGUAACGCAGCGGAGAAACGAAGAGAGACGAACGAGUGGAAAAAGGAUAGUAUUGGAUAAUGGCACGCAAUGGUCGAUACACACGUACACACACACACGCGCACACCUAUUUUUUUCUUGUACCUGGAUCGCGACUGGGGUGGACUUCCGGUAACGAACACGUCGUACCAGAGGCCGGUCCCUCCGAGGUCGAUCGUAUAUCGAGUCCCGCAACACGGCGACGCGCGUCACGGAUACGAAGAUUCGGCGGAUUCUCAUGGAUGAUGCCCAUCUUUAGUGAUCUUCCUUCGAUAAACAGCUCGCUUAUCUCAUCUUUCUUUUUUCUACCGAAAUAGCAGA